AAAUAAAUUUAAAAAAUUAUUUCAAUCGAGGUAUUAAACCUCAGUAUCAUACACUCACAUCCCUGCCAAGAUUAAAAAAAGAGAAAAAAAAAAUAGAAAGUGAGACAGCAACAUCAAGAUCAGUUAAAAAAAAAAAAUAAUAAUAAUAAAAAAAAUCAUCUAUGUAAUGAAAAUGGCUACCAACUCGUUAGUCCGUGUUUUGACAAUAUAAAUUUUGACGUGUAAAUAAAGAAAAACAAUAACACCAUAAUUUCGCCCUUUAAAAAUACCAAAAUAAACAAACAAAUUGUCAACAAUGGUUAAAAAAAUUUCAAGUAUAAAAAUUAAAUAAUUAUAAUUGUGUAAACAUAUAAAAAAGUGAAUAAUAACAUAAGCUUCCGCCUGUUACACACGCACAAACAAACUUCAACAAGUUCAUUCAAUUUAAUGUGAUAAAUAUUCGCUCAUCAUCUUUAUUUAAAGAACAAUUUUUUUAUCUUUUUUUUUUUUUUAAUAUAGCAUAUGUACAGACUAAAGUGUAGGGGGACAAUUAUGUAUUUGGCAAUAUGAUGUUUUUAUUGGAGCAAUAGAAGGAAAACAUCGUCACGCCUUGAGUCUUGACAAUAUUUCCUUCUCUUUUUUUUAUUAUUAUAAAUAAUAAUAAUAAUCAUCAUCUUUAUCACUUGCUAUAUUCUUGUGAUAGGUUUAUGCAUGUGUACAUAUAAAAAAUAGUUGAUUUCUUAUUAAAAAGCAUAUUGGUAUUGUGGAACCACGCAAUAUUGUGUAUUUUGUUGAAAAAACUUUCACUUCCUUCUUGCAUAUUGCAUUGUCAGGUGUAAUAAUUUAUAUAUUAUUAUUAUUUUAUUAAAUUGUUAAUAAUUGUUUAUAUUUUUUAUGAUAAUUUGAUUAUUUUGUUAUAUUUUUAUAAUAACUAUUUAUAUAUAUUUUGGCAGUGCUAAUUUUAUUGGUGUGUCAUGUGUAAAUGGUGGAUGAGUCAUUCUUUACCCAGAUGAUUAAUGUUGACAAGUUUAGUACUCAAUGAUAAGUUUAAUUAUAAAAUGAAUGUGGGGCCAGUUAAUUAUGGGACAGCAUUUAGCUAGUUUUCGUGAAUUCUUCAGAAUGAAUGCACAUAAACAUCAACAACAACAACAACAACAAAAUUCACAUCUACAAAAUAUUGGUGGUGAUAAUAAUCAUAUGUGUUUUAAACAUCAUAAUAGUACAUCAACAGUUGAACAAAACAUGACCUAUGACAUGCUCAGUCAAAAUAAAUAUAAUAACAAUAAUAUAUCAAAUGUUGAAAAUAAUGAAAAUCAACAAGAUACAAAUAUAACAUUUGAUAAUAAUGAAAAUAAAGAUAUUCAAAUUGUUGAUGAUGAUAAUGAAGAAAUAAAUAAUCCAUUGGAUAAUAAUCAUAAUUCAAGAUUUGAAUCAAUUUAUAGUCAACAAAUUGAUGCUCAAGAUGUUAAACAAGUUUGUAAUAAUAAUAGUAAUUUUGUUACAAAUACUACAGAUACUGAAAUGAUAAAACAACAACAACAGCAACAAGAACCAUGUUGUUCAGCAAGUUCUGGUGAUGGUAAUAGUAGUAGUACUAGUACUAAUAGUAGUGGUAGUAGUGGUGGUAGUGGUGGUAGUAGUAGCAGUAGUAGUGUUGCUGGUUGUGGUGACGGUGGUAGCAGUGGUAGCAGUGGUAGCACUGGUGGUCGUGGUGGUGUUGAUGGUGGUAGUAGCAGUAGCAACAGCAGCUCCGAGGAUAAUACUGUUAAUCCAACAUUUAAAAGAACUUCCAAAACUCUUUCAUUUGUUAAACGAAAAACAAAACAACGUAAUAAAGAACAAAAUCCAGUUUGUAAUCAUAUUGUAUCAUCAAAGAAAAAACGUACAAAUUGGGUAUUAAAAUUUAAUUGUGCCAAAAAUAAAAGUUCAAAAAAUACUGAUAUACCAGAUCAUACAAAUAAUAAUACAGAGUGUGUUUGUACUGGUUAUAAAAGAACAGAAGAACAUCCAAUGGGUGCUGGUGUUGUAUUUAAAAAUAAUAAUAAAUCAGAACCAGCAAGUCCAAUAUUAGGACCAUUACCACCAAGUCCAGUUAUUGAUUUAUCACGUUUUAAUCCAGCUGAAUUUCCAAUGGAAGAUUGUGAUGAAAGAGCACGUCAACAAAGAGCUAAAGAAAUGGAAGAAGGUGUUGAACCACCACCUGGUUAUAGACCAACAUUAUCUGUUAAUACAAAUGGUAUUACUGUUGAUAGUCUUGCUGCAUUAUUUCAAGCACAUGCUGGUAUACAAGCUGCUGCAUUAACUGCCUUAUCACAAAUUGAUUUUAAUCUUGUUCCAAAUAUUGAAAGACCAGCUCAUACACAAGUUGAUUAUGUACACUGUCUAGUACCAGAUUUACGUUCAAUAACAGCAUGUUCAUUUUAUUGGGGUAAAAUGGAUCGUUAUGAGGCUGAACGUUUACUUGAUGGUAAAGAAGAAGGUACAUUUUUACUUCGUGAUUCAGCACAAGAAGAAUUUUUAUUUUCAGUUAGUUUUCGUAAAUAUAAUAGAUCAUUACAUGCUAGAAUUGAACAAUGGAAUCAUAAAUUUAGUUUUGAUUCACAUGAUCCUGGUGUUUAUGCAUCUGAUACGGUAUGUGGUUUGAUUGAACACUACAAGGAUCCAUCUUGUUGUAUGUUUUUCGAGCCAAUGUUAACAAAACCGUUGCAUAGAAAUUUUGCAUUUCCAUUGCAGCAUCUUUGUCGUGCAGUUAUAACAACACGUACAACAUACGAUGGUAUUAACAAGCUACAACUGCCAAAGACACUUAAAAGUUACUUGAAAGAGUAUCAUUAUAAACAAAGAGUGCGUGUCAGAAGAUUAGAUGGUGAAAAUGAUGUUAUAUGAUGGACUAACAGUGAUUUAUUAUUGACUAAAUUACAUAUUAAAUUUUGCUAAAUUUAAUUUAAUUAUUAUUAUCUAUAUUAUAUAUUUAUGUUAAUUUUUAUUAUCAUUUAUUUUUAUUGAUACUUUAUGCUUUAAUUUAUAUAAAUAUAUAUUUUUAUUUCCGCAUAUUUUAACUGAGCUCAAUUGAGCAAUAUAUUAAUUUAAAAAAAUAAAUUAUAAGUUGGCCUAAAAUAUUGAUAAAUCAACGAAGCUGUGUAUUGGCAAAUAUUUUCAAAUUAUCUUCCAAAUAAUUACGUGAAAGUUUAACACAGCAUAGAUAUUAUUUAUCUAAAUUAAUAUAUAUAUAUCAAAUCAAAAAAGGAAAAAAAAAAAAUUGAAUCAAUUGAUUUAAAUAAUGAUAUUUUCUUCGAUAAUUUAAUUUGUUAUAUUGGCUUUAAAAAUGAUAAUUCUUCCCAAACGUGUUAUACGUGAUUAUAAUUAUAUUAUUACUCCUAUCGUGCCUACUUCUAUUAAUAAUAAUAACUAUUAUUAUUACCAGUGAUUGUAAACAGAAUGUAUGAUGUCCAAAUAUUUGGACAUGCAUGAUAAAAUUUUAGAAAUGAAAAAAUAUAAAAUGAAUUAUUUAAAAUACUAU